AUUUAUUUGUAAACAUUGUCGACUUUUGUGAUUUGUGAUGGUUGUGAUUCAAAGAAUUCGAAGUUUACGAAGUGAGACACUUAUUACAUUUUGUAACGUAUUUAUUAAUGCGUAGCAUAAACCGAUUACACUUCAACGAUCCGGAUACCUGGAAUGCAUAAGACUAUCCAAUUGGAAACGCAUCAUUUGAACUUCACCAACUUUGCACGGCCAAUUCUAUUGAAAAUAUGAAAGCUACAUUUCAACUGUUCGCGUUGGCCUGUUUCAUUAUCGGGCCGAUAACCGGAUUUGCUUCGUUGGACGGAAAUGAUGAUAGUGAUAUAAUUAAUCCGAAUUGGGUGAAACCAGGCUGGAAGGAUCAUCAUAAACCCAAACCCCCCAAGGAACCUAUCCGAGAGGAAUGCAAAUGCCCUGUUGUGGCCGAAUGUCCCAAAGAUGCACAACCUGUGAAAGCAACGGGUCAGGAAGACCGAAAUGCUUUGGUUUUCUACAGAAAGUUCGUUAGAAGAGUUUUCGAUGAGGAUAAGCUGAUAGCUGACCCUGAGGAUGAUUCGCUCAAGUUGAGAAACAUACAGUUCAAAAUAUCCCAGUCACAGAUAAAUAAACUACAGGAAGCUCGUACGGCCAAAGAAAUUGAUGCGGUUGUGACUGAGAUAGUGGAACAAUCAGAAGGAAGCGUUUAUUAUGAGAUGGCCGAGAAAAUAUGCUGGAGCAUACUUUCUCUCUAUAAUAAAGCAGUACAAAACACAAUCAUCCUCUACUUAGUAUCUCCUGUAAUUGUCAUAUUGCUAAUGUUAUCCGUCGCAAAAGUUUUUCACAUACGAUUAUGGAUCUUGAUUCCCUUAUUGGCCAUCCUGAUUACUUAUGUCAUCACAUAUCGAGAUUGUAAUAAUCGCUUGGAAUUAGAAUCCUUAGCAAAGCUGAUGGGGAUUGGUUAUGAUGCUGAUACUUGCCGUCAACAUACUACAUCGAAUUUUCUUGGAUGGAUAUUCCAAAAAGACACAAAGGCAGAAUGCAUGGAACAUCUGCGACAGACAUACCGAUUGAAGCGAGAUUUUUGUGACCCUUCGGAAGUUUUCAUAGAAAUGGUUGCAAAAUUGCAGUUGACAUACUUUGAAACGAUUGUUCAUAAACUUCUUUCCAUUUUUAAAACAAGCACCAGCUCUUCCGGUUUUGUAGAAUCAAUAUUCAUUUGUAUUUUCAUUUUGCUAAUGGUAUACCUCAUACUGACUGUUGGGAUCAAGUACGGUUUGUAUGCUUCCGGUAAUUUCAUGGCCACUGUCAUAACAAGCGAUCGAAAAGCGCCGGUAAUGAAUCCCAUCGACGCUGUUGAGCAACAGCCAUCACUACCACAGGCACCGAUUACUAUCAACAUAAAUGUUACAAAACCCAAACGAGAUAAUUCCCGCAUAGAACCCAUUUCUAAUCGAAUUGAGGAAAUAAGUGACAGUGUGGAACCAUUGGCUAUUGCCGAAGAUGGUUCUGGUGAUGGCCCGGCUGUGCAGCUGGAUAAAACUUCAAAUGAUAAUUUGAACGUCGUGACCAACAAUCACUCGACAGAUGAUUUCAAUCACCAAGUUAGCGAUAUUAUAAAUGAAAUUGCACCGGAACCAAACAUAACUAGUAAUCGUUAAGAAUGAAUGCACGUAUGUCUAGUGUCUAUUGUAACAAUAAUGUACUUUUAACUGUAUUUUUGUAAAAAUCUGUGAAUAAAAUGCAAACAACGCUUUA